AUGAAUUCAAUCAGAAGAAUCCUAGAAAGUGGUCCUAGUGCCUCAAACUUCAAAAGAGAUGAUUCAAACUUGCUAAAAUCAACUUUCAAGCUUGGGUCUGACUCUAACCUACGCCCAAACCCUCGAACUUCUAUGUCACAAUUGAAGUUGUAUCAACUAUCAAAUACAGAUGCAACUUACAAAGACUUGAAAAGAUUCGAUUUAGAAGAGCUUCGAAAUGGGUUCUUUGAUCCAAUCUAUGUUAAUCCAAAACAUACAGCUUCAUUAAAUGAUCAUUAUCAUGAGAAACCGAAAACAUCAACCUUUUUCAACAGAUGUAAACAAAGUUUUCAUUCACAUUUCCAAAACUUUUGGAAAGAUUUCAACAAUUCCAAAAUCAUCUUGACAAAAUUUUUCAUUGCAUAUUUCAUCUCCAUAAUACUCUGUCUUGUGGAAAAACCAGGAAACUGGUUUGGAAGAUAUAGGGUAUUUCUCCCCAUCUCAACUUUAAUUAACCAUCCUGUCCAUUCAAUCGGUGCUCAGUUAGAAAUUACAAUACUGUCUAUAGUAGGAUUAGCUAUAGGGUUAGGAUGGUCUUCAUUAGCAUUAUACAUAUCCACAGCGACUCAACCAACUAGAAAUCAUCAAGGUGGGAUAUUAGCUGGCUCAUUGUUCAUUGGGAUCUUCUUUAUGGGUUGGUUUAAAGCUUAUUUCAUUAGGUUUUACUAUUUGUUUUUAUCAUCAGGUUUUGUUUUGAUCUUUUUGUCAACAAAUUUGGAUUUGAAGUCCACAGUAAUCAAUUGGAAAGAUUGUUGGAACAUAGGGAUACCUUAUCUUUUCGGUUUAUUAGUUUCAUUAUUCGUCUCCCUAGUGUUUUUCCCAGAUGUUGGUCAUGAAAAAAUAUUGAAUUCUAUACUUGAUUCAGUCACCAGCAUCAAGGAUUUAAUUGUUGCAUAUACAGAGGCUCAAGAAGAUGAUGAUUCCGAUAAAAUAUUCAAGUUGACUCAAUUACAGAAAAAUUUAACAUACAAAACAUUAAUGCUUUCAGAAAACUUCAGAGAAUACUUGAGUGAGGUUAAAGUAUCAAUAUUUCUUGAUGAAGAUUUAAAGAAAAUCAGAAACCACUUGAAUUUUGCAAUCAGUCCAUUACGUGCAAUUCCAUCACCUACAAAUAUGUAUUUCAAACCAACAACUACACUAGAGACUUCACAAAGUAAUGAACACUCUACUGAUGUUUCAGGGUUAGCCACCGCUAUUGGAUCAGGGAUGGCUACACCUUUACCAAAGCCAAAUGUCCCAUUAGCAUUUAUGCAGCAUCCUCAUUUUGGUAAUAAUAAUAAACUGCUUUAUACUUCUAUCAUUAAUGAAGCUUUCAAUGAACCAUUGUUUAAAUUGCUCACCCAAAUGAUUGACAAUUUGACACAUAUUGAUACCUCAUUGAAGAAAUUUGGUAAAUUAUCAACUAAUGAUCACCAAUCAAAACAACAAAUUAUUGAAUCGCUGAAAAACUCACAAUUGUUAUUAAAGAAAAGGGUUUGGCAAAUUGAUGCUGCCUAUAAAAAGUUUACAAAAUCUGAAAGUUUUUGUAGAGACCUUUUGAAUGAAGAAACUGUUAUUGAUAUGUUUUUAUUUUUGAGAUAUUCAAGACAGUCUGCAACAAUGAUGAUCAGUCUUUCAGAAGUUGUGGAAAAAUCUUGUGAACAUGUAUCAAGAUGGAAGUUUUUUUGGUACAAUUAUCCUUGGAGAAGAUCCCUCAGAAGAUUACCAAAACAGUGUUUAAGAGAUCAAGGUGCUGAUUCUAUUUUUUACUACUUUGAAACAAAAUUAGAUGUUGAUGAUGCCUUUGAAAGAAUCUACAAUUUGAACACUUCAAGAAUUAAAAAUAUCAAAAAGAACAAAACAAUCAGAGCUAUUGAUCACAAUGAUUUCAGUUAUCACUCCACUGAUAACCCGUUACGUUUCAAAUUAUGGAGACUCUCAAGAAGACUGAAUGAUUCAGAAACCAAGUAUGCCUUUAAAAUUGCAUUCGUAUUGGUGUUUUUAUCGCUACCUGCAUGGCUAAAAGAAUCUAAUCAUUGGUAUUACCAAUAUAAUUGUUUUUGGACCCCAUUAUUAGUUUAUUAUUUCCUAAGUCCUAGAAAUUCAGGUAAUUGGGAAAAUUUAUCAACGAGAAUAAUAUGUUGGUUUAUCGGUUGUUUUUGGGGAUGGGCUGCCAACCAAGCUAGACAUUUCAGAAACCCAAUUGUCAUUGGUGCAUUUGCUACUAUUAUUUGUGUUCCGUUUGCAUUUGGAUUUUUAGUUAAGCCUCACCCAAGAUCUAGUUUAAUUUCAUUGAUGUCCUUCACAAUCAUUUCCAUUAAUUGUUAUGUUCAAGCAGAUGGUGACUCUACUGAUGCUAUUUUUGAUUUCACUUGGACCACAUCAGUGGCUAUUUUAAUCAGUGUUGUUACUUCAAUCUUCACAAAUUGGUUGAUUUGGCCGUUCAUUGCAAGAAAUGAAUUUUACAAAUCUUGUUCUUCACUACUGUCACAUAUUGGUCAAUGCUACCAAACUGUCACUGAAAGAUAUCUUUAUAGAGAUGAGAAAGAUGACCCAACUGAUUUGACUUUAGAAUUGGCUAAUAUUAGAGAAGUUAGAAUGUCUCAAAGUUUAUUUGCUGUUAGAGAAUUAUUGACAAAGGCAAAACGGGAGCAUGAUUAUUCUCACUCAUUCAAAUAUAAAGUAUUUGAAGAUUUAUUAAACUCUUGUGAGCUGAUCUUAGAGAAAACCAUUGAAGCUAGAAUUUCAGGUGUUUAUUUCCAUGUUUGGGAACAAGAUAAAGAUGAAGAUACCACACAGGCUUUAUUAUCAAUUCGUCGUGACUCAGUUGCAACAGUGAUUUAUCUGUUUUAUAUUUUAUCAAAUGGGUUCAAAACAAGGUCAAACAUUCCCAAAUAUUUACCAUCUGCUAUAACAAUUAGAAAGAGAUUAUAUGAUUUCAUUGGGAGAUUAGAAGCUCAGAGAGAAGAGAAAUCAGCCGCAAAUGAGACCAUUGCUACUCAAUUGGAGAAAAGAUUAGCAUCAUUAGUGAAUCAAGCAGAUUACGGUAAAUCACACUGGACUGAAGUUCACGGUAUGGCUUUUGCGAGGGCAUUCACCACAAUCACAGAAGAAUUGGAAAACAUUAUAGGGUUCUCCAAAGAAAUUUUGGGAGAGGAAGGUUUGUUUGACGAUUGA